AUGUGUUUCGGAAGCAAAGCCACGCCUCCAUACGACGGCGCUGGUCCCCGACCGGCGCAGUAUAACCCGUAUCCUCAAGCGCCGAUGAAGCAACCGCGCAGGAAGAAGAGAUACGCCCAUGCUUCCGUGGAUUAUCCAGUCUCUGACGGCGGUAACUUCGGUGGUACGAGCGGCCAUCAUGGACAUCACGGUGGGGGAGGCUGGUUUGGCGGUGAUGGGGUGGGAGGUGGAGGAGGGGGUGAUGGAGGCGGUGGAGGCGGAGGCGGAGGUGGUGGAGGUGGAGGUGGAGGGGGAGGUGGAGGGGGAGGAGAUGGUGGUGGUGGUGGAGGGUGUUGA